GAGUUUUUAUGUGAUUAUGAUGAUGACGAUGAUGGUGAUGAUGACGAUGAGUAUGAUGAUGAUGAUGAUGGUGGUGAUUAUGAUGAUGUUGAUGAUGAUGAUGAUUAUGAAAAUUAUGAUGAUAAUGAUGACGAUGGUGAUGCAGAAGCAGGUGUAAACUGUGCGGAAAUUCUUAGGCAGUAG